CGCACUUCAGAAGCCAAGCAGGGGUACCUCCGCGAGCACUCUCUUUCUCUUUCUCAGGUUAUUGAAUCGUUUAUCAUGGGAGACAGUCAGUAUUCAUUUUCUCUAACCACAUUUAGCCCUUCUGGAAAGCUUGUUCAGAUUGAGCAUGCUUUGACAGCUGUUGGGUCUGGACAAACGUCUCUGGGAAUUAAAGCUGCAAAUGGAGUUGUCAUUGCAACAGAGAAGAAACUGCCAUCUAUAUUGGUUGAUGAAUCAUCAGUCCAGAAAAUUCAGUUAUUAACACCAAAUAUAGGUGUUGUAUAUAGUGGCAUGGGUCCUGAUUUUCGAGUUUUGGUUCGAAAGAGCAGGAAACAGGCUGAGCAGUAUCACCGGUUAUAUAAAGAACCAAUCCCUGUCACUCAACUUGUCAGGGAAGUUGCUGCUGUAAUGCAGGAAUUUACUCAGUCAGGUGGUGUUAGGCCCUUUGGAGUCUCCCUUCUAGUUGCUGGGUUUGAUGAUAAUGGACCACAAUUGUAUCAGGUGGAUCCAUCAGGUUCAUAUUUUUCUUGGAAAGCAUCUGCUAUGGGGAAAAAUGUUUCUAAUGCCAAGACAUUUCUUGAAAAGAGGUACACAGAUGAUAUGGAGCUUGAUGAUGCAGUCCACACAGCAAUAUUGACACUGAAAGAAGGGUUUGAGGGACAGAUCUCAGGAAAAAACAUUGAAAUUGGCAUAAUUGGUGCUGAUAAAAAGUUCAGGGUAUUGACACCAGCUGAAAUUGAUGAUUAUUUGGGUGAAGUAGAAUAAUCUACAAUGAAGAAAUCUUGUGUUCCUGGAGUUGUGUUCGUUUCCCUGUUGAGUUCAAUUGGUAGCUUAAAUGAAGACUUUGCGAUGGCAAUAGUGAAUUUGUGAGCUACUCAUUGUGGCCAGCAAGCCUUCAGAUAAACCUUUUCCAAAGUCAUCAACAUUAUCAAACAAACCUAGUUUGUCUAAAUUUAUGAUGAUACGGCAAUGGCUUUUUAAUGAAUAUUACUAAUUUAUUUUUUCUUAAUGUCUGAAUGCUCCUUUUCUAUCUAUUAUUUUUUAUCUUGCUGGUUACGUC